GGCUCCUCAUCAGGACCUGGCGAACCCGGGCCUAAGCGGCGGCCCCGCGAGGCCCCGACACAGCGCCCCUGAUCGGGGCCUUCCCCGCCUCGCCCUGCCCCGGGAGCCUGCCUCCCCGGCCGGGGAUGAGGCCGGGAGGCGGCCGCGCGGGGCCCAGCGCAAAGACUUGUUCCCGGGGGCCGCUGCUGCUGCCGCCGCCAGCCUAGAGCCGCCUGCUGAAGCCGAGCCGGCGCCGGGGCCCUCGUCCCCUCAGAUCCCUGGGGGCGGCUGCUGCCCGUCUCCCCGAGACCCAGGGCCCCGAGCGCUGAGCCCCUUGUUCCCCCGGCUGCGGUGGGAUCGGGCAGCUGCGCAGCCUCCGCUGCUCCCGGCCUUGCGGGCCCCGCGGAGCAUGUCGGAGGAGAGCGAUAUGGAGAAAGCCAUCAAGGAAAGCUCCAUUUUAGAAGAAUACAAUAUCAAUUGGACUCAGAAGCUGGGAGCUGGAAUUAGUGGUCCAGUUAGAGUCUGUGUGAAGAAAUCAACCCAAGAACGGUUUGCACUGAAAAUUCUUUUUGAUCGUCCAAAAGCUAGAAAUGAGGUACGUCUGCACAUGAUGUGUGCCACACACCCAAAUAUAGUUCAGAUUAUUGAAGUGUUUGCUAACAGUGUACAGUUUCCUCAUGAGUCCAGCCCCAGGGCUCGGCUCUUAAUUGUAAUGGAGAUGAUGGAAGGGGGAGAGCUAUUUCACAGAAUCAGCCAGCACCGGCACUUUACAGAGAAGCAAGCCAGCCAAGUAACAAAGCAGAUAGCUUUGGCUCUACAGCACUGUCACUUGUUAAACAUCGCCCACAGAGACCUCAAGCCUGAAAAUCUGCUCUUCAAGGAUAACUCUUUGGAUGCCCCAGUGAAGUUGUGUGACUUUGGAUUUGCCAAAAUUGACCAAGGUGACUUGAUGACGCCUCAGUUUACCCCAUAUUAUGUAGCACCUCAGGUACUGGAAGCCCAGAGAAGGCAUCAGAAGGAGAAAUCUGGCAUCAUACCUACCUCGCCAACACCCUACACUUAUAACAAGAGCUGUGACUUGUGGUCCCUAGGGGUGAUUAUCUAUGUGAUGUUGUGCGGAUACCCUCCUUUUUACUCCAAACACCAUAGCCGGACUAUCCCAAAGGAUAUGCGGAGAAAAAUCAUGACAGGCAGUUUUGAGUUCCCGGAGGAAGAGUGGAGCCAGAUCUCAGAGAUGGCCAAAGAUGUUGUGAGAAAGCUCUUGAAGGUCAAACCGGAGGAAAGACUUAGCAUCGAGGGAGUGCUGGACCACCCCUGGCUCAACUCAACUGAGGCCCUGGAUAAUGUGCUACCCUCUGCUCAGCUGAUGAUGGAUAAGGCGGUGGUUGCAGGGAUCCAGCAGGCCCAUGCGGAACAGUUGGCCAACAUGCGGAUCCAGGAACUAAAAGUCAGCCUCAAACCCCUGCACUCUGUGAAUAACCCCAUUCUAAGGAAGAGGAAAUUACUUGGCACCAAACCAAAGGAUGGUGUUUACAUCCAUGACCGUGAGAACGGAGCCGAGGAUUCCAAUGUUGCCUUGGAGAAGCUCCGCGACGUGAUUGCUCAGUGUAUCCUCCCCCAGGCUGGUAAAGGAGAGAAUGAAGAUGAAAAGCUGAAUGAAGUAGUGCAGGAAGCUUGGAAGUAUAAUCGGGAAUGCAAACUCCUCAGAGAUACUCUGCAAAGCUUCAGCUGGAAUGGUCGUGGAUUCACUGAUAAAGUAGAUCGAUUAAAACUGGCUGAAAUUGUGAAGCAAGUGAUAGAAGAGCAAACCACUUCCCACGAAUCCCAAUAAUGACAGCUUCAGACUUUGUUUUUUAAAAAAUUUGAAGAUUUAUUCAUUAAUGUAUAAUUUUUAUGUAAAUUAAUAAAUCAUAAUUUCAUUUCCACACUGCUUAAAGAUGCUAUAUAAAUUUAGAUACAGGAUUUACUAAUAGUAUAUAUAGUUCAUUUGUUUUAAGAAAAGCUCAGUUCCUAGAGAUAUACUAUUACUUUAGGAUUGUUUAGUCAUCUGUUGUAAAGCUGACGGUAUUGUCAAGCAAGAUUGUUUUAUUUGUAAUAAAGCAUACAAAAACCAUUUGCCAGUGGUAGGCAAAGGACUGACUAUUUUGACCUCUCUGCUUAGUAAACAGUUGAAUCAAGUACUGUGGAAUCUGGUUUCAGUUGCCCUGUGUAUUUCCUCUCUGCACUGUUGGUGGAUUAGCUCUGGUGCCAAGAAUUUUUUGUGGAUCCGUUGCAAACUGCCACAUGGAACUCAGAGGGUGCCAACUCCUGUGAUGGAAGAGGCAGGGAGCUGAGUCCUCGUUUCUCUUCUCCCUACUUCCCUAGGGAAAAGUGGUCCCAUUUC